AUGUCGAAAAAUAUUUCAAGUUUGGAGGAAGAUGAUGACAUUGUGCUGCAGAAUAUCAAUGAAAAGUUCUUCAAUGUUUGCUUCAACUUACCACCAAAUAUGAACUUUCAUGGUGUCUGGGAGGACGAUCUCUCAAAAACUUCCGUGCCACCACGAGCACGUACUGAUCAAUUAGUGCCUCUUUUGGAGUUUCAGAUGGUUGUGAUUUUCAUCAUCACUCAAACUGGCAUACUGCUUGGACCUUCAAUCAAAAGCAAGUUGGGAACAUUCAAAGAGUCCUUGUUUCCACUCAUCAGUCAAGAUGUAAUUGGCACGGCAUCUGUGUUUGGUUACUGUCUGUUUAUGUUUCUAAUCGGUGUGAAAAUGGAUGUGGGAUUGAUAAGGAGAACAGGAAACAAAGCUUUAGCGAUUGGUGUUUUGUCACUCGUAGUGCCCUUCGCAUUCGGCUUUUCAAUAGCAGCUGCUUGUGUAUAUUUUACCCACAGAGAACAAGACCUGGAGACGGUUUUUUUUGUAGCCGGCACACAUUCUUUGACUUCAUUUGCUGUCGUUUCUAGCCUUCUUGAAGACCUCAAACUCCUAAAUUCAGAACUAGGUCGGUUGGGAUUGUCUACUGCGCUAAUCAGCGACAUGCUAAACGUGAUUAUAACAAGUACUGCUACUUUUUUCAGAGUUUUCAUGGGAACUGGCCAACCAAAAUACAAAAUCUUCACUGACAUUGCAUCACUUAUUGGCUUUCUUCUCACGGUUGUGUUCAUCAUUCGUCCUGCCUUCUUUUGGAUUGUGAGACAUACACCUGCAGGCAAACCUGUUAAGGAUGUAUACCUUUACACCAUCUUUGUACUGCUUAUGCUUUCUGCUUUUCUUUCUCAUGCUUUUGACCAAACCGCACUUUUCGGUGCAUUUAUUUUGGGAUUAGCUGUUCCAGCCGGACCACCAUUAGGCUCAGCUCUAGUGAAAAUGCUGGAUUGUGUCGCCAGUGGAGUUUUGGUGCCACUCUUUGUAACUGUAUGUUCAAUGAAGGCUGAUCUUUCAUUCGCAACAUAUGAUGGUAAAUUGUUAAUGCUGGACGUAAUCCUUCUGGUGGUAACUUUUGUGUCCAAAGUAAUAGCGUGUUUUGUGCCAGCUUUGAUUUGCAAGAUGCCCUUCAAUGAUGCUCUUGCAAUUGGUUUCAUUAUGAGUGCCAAAGGCAUAGUUGAGCUGGCCUCCUAUUCCUUAUUCCAUGACUUCAAGACCAUUGAUGACCAAACAUUCGCUGUGUUGAUCGUUAGUGUUCUGACUGUAGCAAUACUUGUGCCAAGCAUGGUGAAUUACUUGUAUGAUCCUUCAAGGAAAUACGCAGGCUACCAGAAAAGGAACAUCAUGGAUUUGAAACCAAAUUCUGAGCUCCGAAUACUUGCAUGCAUUUACUCGCACUAUGAUGUCGCUCCUAUCAUCAACCUUCUUGAUGUUUCAUGUCCAACAGGAGGGAGUCCAAUUUUUGUGAAUGCCCUUCACCUUAUUGAGCUAGUUGGUAGAGCCGCCCCUCUCUUUAUUAACCACCAUAUUCAUGAAAAGGUUGCAUUUGACAUUGCCUAUAGUGAAAAUGUUAUCAUCCCCUUCGACCAGUAUCAACUGAACAAUCAAGGUGCUGUGUUCGUGAACAUAUUUACAGCCAUCUCUCCACCCAACAUAAUGCAUGAGGAUAUAUGCACACUUGGACUUGACAAACUUACAUCCAUUAUACUACUUCCAUUUCAUCGAAAAUUCUCCUUCGAUGGAAGCAUAGAGUCUGAGGACAAUAAUACAAGGGCACUCAAUUGUAGUGUCCUUGAUAGGGCUCCAUGUUCAAUAGGAAUCAUUGUUCACCGUGGCUAUUUGAGACGUCCAUCAGCAUUGUAUCGCAUUGCCAUGAUCUUCUUAGGGGGUAGGGAUGAUAGGGAGGCCUUGACAUUUGCAAAACGGGUCAGCAAAGACCCUGGGAGCUUCAGCCUAACAGUGGUACGAUUAAAUGCCGAGGAUGAUCACACAAUGCCUGAUUGGGAUACAAUUCUUGAUAAUGAGCUGUUGAAGGAUUUUAAGCAUAAUGUAGGAAACGAGAAUAUUACAUACAUAGAAAAGACAUCAAAUGAUUCUGUUCGAACAACAGGAAUACUUCGGUCUCUGAUGAAUGAGUAUGAGCUUAUCAUAGUUGGGAGAAGGAAUGGCUUACAAUCCCCUCAGACAUUAGGUCUCUCAGAGUGGACUGAAUUCCCGGAAUUGGGGAUCAUUGGGGACCUGCUUGUUUCGUCAGAUUUCAACAGCAAAGCUUCGAUUUUUGUGGUACAACAGCAAAAGAAAUUGAAGGGAAGGAUAAAUAUAAGCAAUGGCAAUACUUUCAAGCUAUGA